AUGUCUCUUCGCUCUAAAGUUCUUCUUUCUCUCGCUCUUAUCGCCGCCGCUCGUGCUCAGCAAGUCGGCACCAACAAGGCUGAAGUUCACCCCACUCUCACUUGGCAAAAAUGCACCAAGUCGGGCGGCUGCCAGACCCAAUCUCAAGGCAAGAUCGUCCUCGACGCCAACUGGCGCUGGCUCCACACCACUAGCGGAUACACUAACUGCUACACCGGCCAAUCUUGGGACUCGACACUUUGCUCCGACCCAGUUAAAUGCGCUCAAAACUGCGCUGUCGAGGGUGCCGAUUAUACCGCCACUUACGGUAUCACUGCCAGUGGCAACUCGUUGACCCUCAAGUUCGUCACAAAGAGCGAGGGCACCAACGUCGGCUCUCGUGUUUAUCUCAUGGCCGACGACUCUACCUACCAGAUGUUUAAGCUCAAGAACCAAGAGUUCACUUUCGAUGUCGACGUCUCGAAUCUCCCAUGUGGUCUUAACGGUGCACUCUACUUUUCGCAGAUGGACGCCGACGGUGGUCUCUCCAAGUACCCCAACAACAAGGCUGGUGCCAAGUACGGAACUGGAUACUGCGACGCCCAGUGCCCCCGUGAUCUCAAGUUCAUCAAUGGCGAGGCCAAUGUUAUCGGCUGGGGUGGAUCAAGCAACGAUGCGAACUCCGGAGUUGGUCGCUACGGUACUUGCUGCAGUGAGAUGGAUAUCUGGGAGGGCAACUCGAUUUCCACCGCAUACACCCCCCAUCCCUGCACCGUCAACGGCCAAACCCGCUGCGACAGCACCGGUACCGAAUGUGCAUCUUUCUGUGACCAACCUGGCUGCGACUUCAACUCUUACCGCAUGGGCGACAAAACCUUCUACGGUCCAGGCUUCACCCUCGAUACCAAGAAGAAAAUGACCGUCGUCACCCAGUUCAUCACUGCGGACGGAACUGCCAGCGGUGCUCUCAAGGAAAUUCGCCGUCUCUAUGUCCAGGAUGGCAAGGUCAUUCAAAACUCCAAGACUAACAUCUCCGGAAUGUCCACAUACGAUUCGAUUACCGACCAAUUCUGCUCUGCCCAAAAGACUGCCUUCAAUGACAGUAACGACUUUGCCGCCAAGGGAGGCCUCACCAAAUUCGGCCAGGACUUCGACAAGGGAAUGGUUCUCGUUCUCUCCAUCUGGGAUGACCACUCCGCCAACAUGCUCUGGCUCGACAGCAACUACCCUACCAGCGGUAGCGCAUCUACCCCGGGUAUUGCUCGUGGUAGUUGCCCUAUCACCUCUGGUGUGCCCAAGGAUGUCGAGACCAACAGCCCCAAUGCAUCCGUCACUUACUCGAACAUCCGCUUCGGUGACAUUGGCUCGACCUACUCCGGUACCACUGGUCCCAUCACGACUGGUCCCGUCACCACCACCACUACCACCACCUCGGCUCCCGUGACUACCACCACCUCUGGUGCCACCGCUCCUCACUACGCUCAAUGUGGCGGCAAGGGAUACACCGGCCCAACUGUUUGCGCCUCUCCUUACAAGUGCACUUACUCCAGCGAGUAUUACUCGCAGUGCUUGUAA